AUGUCAGCUCCAUCCGGCCAGCCACUGUCUUCUCAAAUCGCUUCUCAAAGCAAUCGCACCCAACCGUACUCGUUGAACACUCCGAGGGGCAACACGGUUGGAACCGCCGGUUCUGCCAACCGCGCCGAGGCGCGAAGCAUCCGAGGGCAAGGGUCUCAAGCCUUGAUGAGAGGAAAUGAUGUUAACAACGACAGCGAGGGUCAAGCCAAUCGCAUAAUCGAUGCGAUUACCGGAUUAUCGGCUAAGGUAGAAAAAGAGAUGCUGGUCAUGUGUGACAGCCUCCGUCAAGAGAUUGAGGCCAUGUCGAGCAAGGUCGAUGAAGACAUCGGCCAGUUGUCCCAACUGGUGGACGAACAGAUCGCUUCGGUGUCAAACAAGCACCAUGAGGACUUCAUCACACUGUCCCACAAAUUCGACCAAAUGAACGAAGACCUCGCAGGUAAUUUCGGUGGACCACCCAGUGGUGCUACUGCAGGCGCUGCUCCGGUAUCAGUCGCGCCUGCGCUCCCUGCCCCCGUUUGGAACUAUUCACCCGAGCUUAAAGUGCUUCCACUGCCACCUCUUUCGUUUUUAGGUGUCUUUUUUGCUCAUUCGUUUUUCUCCUCUAUCGUGUGUAUGCAGAAUCGGGUGGAUGCUUUUGCAUAUCAAUCGGUAGCGUUACCAAACAUCGCCGCGUAUACCAGACGUGAAGGCCCCAAUGGCGCGGUGUUGGCCAAUUCGUUGUUUGCCACCAUUAAGCGGGAAAUCAGAAACAUCCCAGGCACCUGGGCUACCGAACAGCUUCCUCCAUUGGUUAAUGGAGUCGCGGACGUUGGGGCAACCCAAAGGUACGCGACUCUCGUUAAGGAUGCUGGGAAACACGCUCGAGAGCGUAUGCACCUCUUAGUGUUGCACAACAUCAAGGGGACCGUUGCAGGCACGGUGCCCUGCCUCAAAGUUCUCAUCCAUCGCGUUGCCAAACACUGUGGUGACACCGCCGAGGGCCUUGACGAUGAGGCUUAUUGGGUCCACGCGCCUUACGAAACACGCCUCCGCAUUGCCUAUCUUGUGAGAAGUGUAACUCAUUUAAUAAUCAGUUUGGGAGAGGUGCUGACUGGGUUUCUCUUGUUCCAGCGGCGCAAAGCUAUACGCAUAUUUCAAUCGCGCCGACGAGGCGGUGCCGGGGGUAAUAUCUGGGCGCGAGUGGACGCACAACUCGCCGCUUUCAGUGCUCAAGGGACCUUAUAUAGUUCCGCGUUUUACAAGUUGAUUUACGAUCAAGAUCGUGAAACCUUUAAUGGCGAAACAAUGUUUUCAGAGAUUGACGAAGCGGAAAGAUUUGAUCUACCUUCAGAAGAUGAGAUCCACGGCAUGAUGGAGCUUAUUGAACAAGCAGGAGGCUCCUUGGUGGGAAUGCUUAAUUGA